AGAGAGAGAAAGAGGGGAGGAGCAAGACAUUGAAUCUCUGCCUCACAUUCAGCUCCAGUGUUGGAGUAAUCAGACACUCGCAGGUGAACUUCCUGCCAGGUUCAAGCUGAACAGAGAGAGAGGGAGUGGUUAGAAGAGCAAGGUAAUCAAACCUGCGUAACUCCUUCACUCUUCCUAACUUUCUCCGGGGGAAACACAAGCGUGGAUGCACAGACAGAACAGGAAGUGCCAUGCUGCCUCAUUCUGGGACUGUUUAAAGGAGAAGCCUGGAGUUUUCCUUCUGCUGCCUGAGAAACUUCAGACUCUCUGUUUUCUUUUUCUCACUUGAGGAUCGCUGUGUGUUUGGAUUACUGGAUUUACUGUAAAUGCUGAACAAACCAACCUAAACAACGUUCCAGAAGUGCUGACACACAAGUGAAGUGUUCAGAACAGGAGCGAGAGAGAGAAACCGGGGAUUUUCACAAACAAAAACCUUUUGUUUGCUCGAGUCAGUGAAACUGGAGCGCAGGCAGGUUGAAGUAAAACUAGAGAUAGAGUUUAUACCUCACUGAAGGCCUGUUUGCAACUAUAAAGAUUAAUAUCUAUCAGCAUGUGCUGUAUUUGUGUCGUCUACUGCUUUAAAUGCUCCAGCUCUUCAGAGCAGGAUGGAUUCUGAUUGGCUGUCAAUGUUUUCAUCAUUCAUCAGCUGGAAAAUAUCGUUGUGAAAGUGAUAUUGCUAUUCUUUUACAUUUAGAAUGAUUUUUAAGACUAAAUCAUUAUCGUCUUUGGUGUGAACGGGUGUUUAUGCAGUUAUAGCAUUUCACUUCAUAGGAUUCGAUGUAAACAGGAAUAUGGAUCCAGUCAGUAGAAGGUCAGAUCAGUCAUCGGCUGUGUUGACGUCAUUUCGAACACUUCCUGAUGAAGAUUCAAGUCCUAAUGGUCACAUUGAUGCACUAGACCCUUUAAGCCCAAAAUCUGGAGAAGAAAAGUUGGAGCAAGACUCGCUGGGAUGCUUUCAGCCUUCAUGGACGUCGUCGGAUCCAUUUCUAGUGCAGGUAACCAGAGUGGAGACGUACGUCGACGAUGAGGAGGACGCAAAGAGUGUCCAGGGAAGGUCCAGCGAAGGUCAGGAACCUGAAUCUCAAAACCUUCCAACUGCUGUUGACGGAGAACGUGAGGAGAAACGCGAGAGCCUAGUGGAGAGAUCGCUCAAAGACGCUUCGGUUCUGAGCCGGACGGGCUUGUACGGAAAGCUCAACCGGUCACUGGAUCUCUCGUCCCGCGUGUCGGACGAUUCCAGGAAAGAAACGCGUUCUUCGAGCCUUCGUACGACCUCAGACGUCAGCAGCUGGAGACGAUCAGUGCCUCUUAGCACAACUUCACCAGGUGAGGACGUCUCCAUCGCUGAUCAUCAAGAAGGGAAUUCGGGAACCGAUCAAACAGGAGAUUCAGUCUCUUCAUUCUCAGGUCUUCAGACGGAGACAAAAGGCCUUUCAGAGACGGUCUCAAGUGUGCCGGACAACAAACCGCACAAAACCGGCGACAAAUACCAGCUGCCCGCUCUGUUCAGCGGCCUGCGUGUGCUGAAGAAAGGAGCGGUGGGAGACGAGAGGGAGACGCUCUCAGAGAUCAAACAGCGUGACGGGGACCGAGCGCUGCUAAAUCUCAAACAGCGCGUCAACAAAGCCAAAGUCGAACAGCUCACCGGCACCAGCGUUGCGAAAAAGAAAAACGAACCCAGAAAUUUGUCUGAAAUCACCAGUUUGUUACAGAAAGCCACCCACGGUGAAACCACACGAGAGGAAUCUGUGGACCCGCCUGAACUGACCGCCGGAAAUACGGUCUGCAGUGGUAAAGCAGUGACUGAUUCUACUUACGAUGCUUUAAAGUCCAAAUUAUUCAGCUCUAAACCUGCUAAAAAGGAUCUCGUGGAGACGGCACUGGACCUGGACGCUGUCAAGAGGAAGAAGAAGAAUGAUAAAGAGCUGCUGAGAUCCAUCUUUGAGAGACAGUCGAGCAAAGCUCCAGUCACUGACGUCAAGAGCCCGACCGAGGUCAAAUCUGAGGUCACGUCUCCGUCCGAUGGUGAGGACCGAACGCCUGGACGUCUGCAGGCUGUCUGGCCUCCGCCCAAAGAGGAUGGCGAGGAGAAGGUCGGACUGCGUUACACUGAAGCAGAGCACCAGGCCGCCCUCCUUCAGCUGAAGAGAGAGUGUAAAGAGGAGCUGGAGAAAAUGCAUGCGGAUUUCGAGCUACGGCUUUUCCAGGUUCGAGGCGAGCAUGCGGAGACCGUGGCCCGUUUGGAGUCUGUCAUCGACAGGAUGCAGCGGGAGCAGGCAUGUAGCUCCGUACGGGAGCGCGGUGAGCUGCAGGAGGUGUGUGUCUCCACCGAAGAUGACCUGCCGCCCAAAAGCUUCCGCAAUGUGUGCGUCCAGACCGACCGCGAGACCUUCAUCAAAACCCCCGAGGGUGAAGAAACAAGACCAGCGCUGAACACCAGCUCCAACCUCCCCAAAAAACUGAACCUGGACUCCAUCAGCGUGAGUUUGGGUGUGAGCCCAGGAGCUCCUCCUCCACCUCCUCCUCUUCCAGGUAGCUCCGCCCCCCUUCUUCCUCCUCCCCCUCCUCCGCCCUUACCUGGGCUCGCACCUGCCCCGCCCCCACCUCCACCUCUGCCAGGAGCACCUCCUCCUGCCCCGCCCCUUCCAGGCGCACAUGCCCCGCCCCCACCACCGCCCCUCCCUGGAGCUCCUCCUCCUCCUCCGCCCCCACCUGGUCUACCUGGAGCCCCGCCUCCUCCACCCAUGCCGGGCUUUGGCGGCCCACCUCCGCCUCCGGCUUUCGGCUGGUCAGGAUUCGGACAGGCGGCUGAGAAAGCGCCGCGUAAGCCUGCGGUGGAACCGGCCUGCCCCAUGAAACCGCUCUACUGGAGCCGCAUUCAGAUUCAGGACAACAAUAAUAACACGCUCUGGAGUUCACUGGAAGAGCCUGAUAUCAUAAACACCAAAGAGUUUGAGGAUCUGUUCUCUAAAGCCGCCGUACAAGCCAAGAAGAAACCGCUGUCAGACACGUAUGAGAAGAAGAACAAAGCCAAAAAGAUCAUCAAGCUGCUGGAUGGCAAACGCUCUCAGGCCGUGGGAAUAUUAAUAUCCAGCCUCCACCUGGAGAUGAAGGACAUUCAGCAUGCUGUUCUGACGGUGGAUCACUCUGUGGUGGAUCUGGAGACCAUCGAAGCUUUAUAUGAAAAUAGAGCUCAGACUGAUGAACUGGAGAAGAUCAGGAAACAUUACGAGACGUCUAAAGAAGAUGAAGUGAAACUCCUGGAUAAACCUGAACAAUUCCUGUACGAACUCUCCCAGAUUCCGGAUUUCGCCGGUCGUGCUCACUGCAUCAUAUUCCGGACGGUGUUUAUGGACUCCAUAUCUUCUGUCCAUCGUAAGGUGGAGACCAUCUCUACUGUGUGCAAGGUGUUUCUUGAGAACGAGAGUGUGAAGGAUGUGAUCGGUCUCAUUUUAGCCUUUGGAAACUACAUGAAUGGUGGAAACAGAACCAGAGGACAGGCGGAUGGAUUCGGACUGGAGAUUCUUCCUAAAUUAAAAGAUGUCAAGAGCAGGGACAAUCGUAUAAGUCUGGUGGAUUAUGUGGUGUCUUACUACCUGCGAAACAUGGACGAGAACGCAGGAACAGAGAAAAGCGUUUUCCCGCUGCCUGAACCUCAGGAUCUCUUCCACGCUGCACAGGUCAAGUUUGAAGAUCUCGCAAAAGACCUUCGCAAGUUAAAGAAAGAGCUGACAGCGUGUGUGAAGGAGGUUCAGCAGGUGUGUGAGAACUCGUCUGACGAACAUCUGCAGCCCUUCAAGGACAAGAUGGAGACCUUCAUCAGCACGGCACAAUCAGAGUACGCGGCUGAAGAUGAGCAGCUGCAGGCGGUACAGAACAGUUUCCAGGAAACGGUGACGUACUUUGGGCUCAAGCCCAAGUCUGGCGAGAAGGACGUUUCUCCAAACUACAUCUUCAUGCUGUGGUACGAGUUCUGCAACGACUUCAAGAGCACCUGGAACCGUGAGAAUAAAAACAUCUCCAAAGAGAGACUAAAAGAAGCUCAGAAAACAGUCCAGAAAAUCACAGCGGAGAAGAAAGUGGAGACGAAGAAGAUCAACGAAAACAGUCUGAGCGACUGCGGAAGAAAGAGGCCGGCGUGUCGUCCAGCUGAAAACACCGAGAUCAGCAUCUCAUCACAGAAACACGCCCGUCCGUCAGGGUCUGAGACCUGCAGCACACGGGACACAGACCUCAGAUCAGUUCUGACGGUGUUUGACAUCAUCAGACACCCUGAGAACCUCAGAGAAACGAAAGGAAGGCUCAUCUGACCUGCGGCGCUCGACAGACCUUCAGUAAGGAGAGAAAAGCCUCAUUAAACACUUUAAAUGGCUGAAAUCAGCGUCUCAUCAGCAGUGCCUCAAAACACGCUCGUAAAACACAUGAAGGGCCAACAUCUCUGUAUUCAUACUUGAACAGAAAAUCACCCGCUUCGCUGGUUUCUGAAGUCCUCGGCCUUGUCGUUUCACCAGUUUCCUUUUGCCAAACUUAUACUUGAUGACGUGUGAAGCACUUUUACACACUAUGCAACAAUAUCCUGCGUUUAGAAGAGUGAAUGUGCGAAUCAUAUCCAUGUACAUCUGAGAAUAUGAUGAGACAUGAAUCAUAUUUCCCUUCAGUGAGUGUGUCUGUAUAUUUGAUGACAUUUUGAUGUGUAAAUGAGCGAAUGACCUUCUAUAAGCCCUAUUUAUUCACUGAAUGACGGUUUUAUUAAGGAAUAUGAUGUUAUGAGGAUAUAGUUUCUCUGUGAGUUUAUAUCUGGAGAAUUCUCUAAUUUAUCCAGUUAUUUUAAAUGUGUUUAAACACGCCAAAACUACAGGAACAUUAUUACUGUCAGAUUUCUUUUUUUUUUUUUUUAUUUGAUUUUAUUUUUGUGAUACUUUUACAUUUAUUAGGUGCAAUAAACUUUCUCCUAAAGAUUCUCAAAACUCAAA